AUGAUGAGACCUUUCGAUAGUGGAUUCUCACCUCAAUCACUAAAUAAGAGCGAAAUACAAGCACAACAUACUUCUGUGCACGAGGUGGAAAAUAACAAUCCUACUACAGUGAAAUGCAUCCUUAUAGGCGAUAAACAAGUUGGAAAAACUAGUUUGGUUGUUAGCUACACUUCUAAUGAUUAUCCAGCAGAAUACAGGCCAUCUGCCUUAGAUACAUUUUGUGUUGAAGUGUGUGCUGAUACACGACCAGUACAUCUACAAAUCUGCGACACAGGAGGAAAAGAAGAAGUUAGUUCUUUGAGGCAUUUGUCAUAUUUGGAUGCACAUGUUAUCUUACUGUGUUUCUCUGUCGUCCGACCAGAUACUUUUAGAUCCUUGAAAACUGUUUGGUUGAAAGAACUAGCGUCUGCGCCAAUUAUUCUUAACAGUGCUGCUGAACAAACUGCUUCAAAACUAUUCGAUUUAUCCACUACACGAAGAAAUGUUGAUAAUCUUUCAGCGUCAGUACCCACUAAAUCAAAAUCUAUACACUCUAAUCGUGGAUUAAAAAGUGUGAAUGAAGCUAACUUGAUACCGGGUCCUAUAUUUCUUCUUAUUGGUUGUGCAUGUGAUCUACGUAAUGAUAUUGGACGUUUAUUAGAACUGUCUAAAGUUGGUGAAGAACCUAUAGAUAAGGAAAAGGCCGAAUGUUUGGCUAUUGAAUUAGGCGCUGAAGCUUACGUAGAAUGUUCCGCAUUAACUCAGAAAAAUCUUAAGACUGUUUUUGAUCUAGCUAUUUGGUGUGGUCUUAAAGUAGCUGAUUCAGGUGGUCCAGUAUUAUUGCGUGAACCAAAGUCAAAUGGAUCAUUAUUAUAUAAUGGGGACUGCACAAAAGCUUCUAAUAAUGAUAAUAGUAUUAACAAUAACCAUAUGAUGACCGAUAGUCACCUAUUUCAUAUUGUAACAGAGAAUAAUAAGUGUAAGACUCUUAAAAAGGGGUGGCGCCGUUUCUUUUGUAUCAAUUCUUAA